AUGACUACAUCCACAGAUAGGCCACUCAAGCGCGCUCGUUAUACUGAAGAUGACCUCGAUGCUGACGAAUUGAUCUCGGCUGCCGAAGGAUUCUUCGAAGCUUUAGCUGAGGCCGGCGUCACUUAUUGCUUUGUCAACUUAGGAAGCGAUCAUCCUGCUAUGCUCGAAGCCAUGAUCAAAGCGAAGCAGAAACAACUCAUCAAAUUUCCCAACAUCAUUACCUGCCCCUCAGAACUGGUGGCUUUGUCCGCAGCUCUUGGAUUUGCUCAAGUCACCGGAGAUCCACAAUGCGUUCUUGUACAUGUAGACUGCGGCACACUAGCCCUAGGACAGUCCAUUCACAAUGCCUCCGUUGGCAGAGUGCCCGCGUUGUGCUUUGCAGGCCUGAGCCCCUUCACUCAAAGGGGUGAACUUUUAGGUUCACGAACUGAAUUUAUCCACUGGCUACAGGAUGUGCCUGACCAAGCCUCAAUUCUCCGGCAAUAUUGCCGAUACUCCGGUGAAAUCAAGAGUGGACGGAACAUCAAGGAAAUGGUCAACAGAGCCCUGCAAAUUUCUUUGUCGGAUCCCAAGGGUCCAGCUUAUCUUAUGGCUGCAAGGGAGGUUCUUGAAGAGAAAGUCGACAGAAAGUAUCUUGAAAAAGAGAACCUCAAUCCACUUGCUCCAAGUGCCUUGCCUGAGUCAGAUGUUGAAUUGAUUGCAAAUGCACUCAUGAAUGCCGAACGACCUCUUGUGAUCACAGGCUAUCUUGGCCGCAACACCCGUGCUCCACCACUGCUAGAAAACCUCUGCGACAAAUUGCCAAUCAGUGUUGUAGAGAUGGUAGGCUCCGAUCUCUGCAUACGAAGCAACCACCCGGCCUACCUGGGGGUCACUGUUACAACACACCCCGCGGUCCUUGAAGCAGAUGUCAUUCUCAUCUUGGAUUGCGACGUCCCAUGGAUCCCGACUGCGGGAAAGCCCCACAAGGGCACAAAGAUAUUCCAUCUGGAUGUUGAUCCGCUCAAGCAACAGAUGCCUCUAUUUUCCAUCAAUGCGAUUCGCAGACUUAAGGUGAGCUGCGAGAUUGCACUCAACCAAUUGAAUUCCUAUCUGGACACACAGGCUUUGGACAGCCUGCGCUACACUGAAGCAUUCGACGCACGUGAAGUUCGCUAUAACAAAUGGCGUGAGAGCCUCCGCGCUUUGGAAAUGCCGUCGGACAAUGAAAUUGUCACCGUGCCAUACCUAACAGCCAAGCUGAGACAGCAACUUCCCGAAGAUACGAGUUACGUUCUUGAGGCAGUCACGAAUGCAGGACCGGUUAUCCACCACCUAAAUCUAGUGAAGCCAGGGAGUUUAGUCGGCAGUGGAGCUGGCGGUCUAGGCUGGGGUGGCGGUGCAGCCCUCGGCGUGAAACUAGCCAAGCCGGAUAGUUUCAUCUGUGCAAUCGUUGGAGAUGGAACGUAUCUAUUCUCACAGAUGGAGAGUGUUUAUUGGAUAGCACGGCGCUACGAUGUUCCAUUCCUCCUCGUCGUCUUGAACAACGGCGGGUGGAAUGCACCCAAAGUGUCCGCUCUCCUUGUUCAUAAGGACGGCCUAUCAUCGAAGUCUAACAGAAAGGACCUCAACUUAUCAUUUGAGCCCUCGCCUGAUUACCCAGGAAUUGCCACUGCGGCUGGGGGUGCCUGGGGAGCUACGAUCAAAACACAAAGCGAGUUAGAAUCGGUUAUACAGGAAGCCAGAGGUAUUGUUCAGGGCGGGAGGUGUGCAGUGAUUGAGGUUGCGGUUCCAUCGAUGUGGAAGGAGACAUAG